UUCCCCGUGCGACGGGCGGCAUGAUGUCGCCGAGUCUGCGCCCGAGCGCGACGAGGCCGCCCCCAUGGUUGCCAUCGGCGCUCCAUGAUCCGCCGCCUCCCCCACCCUCCUCUCCAUACGACGCCGCCGUUCCUCCGCCACCCGACGGCCUCCACAAACACCACCACCACGGUCGGAUCUUGGACGGCAGGCGGCGAUGGCGUGCAGCGGAAGAGCAAGAGGGGGGCGUGAAGGCUGGCCGCCGCCGUGAGGAUAUCGGCGCCCGCGCGAGCCGUGGUGACGUGGCGGCGAAGGAAGUUCGCCUUCCCAGCGCGCCGCGCGGUGGCCACCGUCUCCCCCGCGCCCGCAAGAGAGGUGGAGACAUUUUCCCAUUCAUAACUAUUUAUGGGAAACCUGGACUUUUUAGUCCGAUAGGUGUCCAUGAUGCCUGUAUUGGGGUACGAGGGCACACCUCCAGGGCAGACUACCGGCAGUUGAUGAAGUGCAGGUCUCUUCUGGAGUACAUGGGGGAUGAUUGCAAGGUGUGCGAGGAGAGUGGAGGGCGUUGUCGGAUCAACACCACCUAUGAUAUCUUCGAGUGCCACUGCUCCGAUCGCAUUUCUCCGUCCACCUGUGGUACAAGAAGAGAGCGAAGAAGAUUAUACUAAUAGGUAU